AUGGCCUCUUCAGUCUCACGCUCAUAUUCAACAGUCAUUUCUUCUCGGGUCUAUGAACAUCAGCUAAACGCUAUUCUGUAUUCAUUACCUUCAAUUGUCAAUGCGCUGCCGUCUCGUAUGAUUAAUCGUAGCAAAUUGAUUUUGCCAAAUCACAUCAAUGAUAAACUUGCUGACCCGAGUUUCCAUGCACCAGGCAACAUUGACUUACUUCUUGGAUCAGAAAUAUUUUUCAAUAUAUUAGGUAAUGAAAAAUGGAUUCUCUCAGAUCUUGCUUCCUUACACCUCACACAAUUUGGCUGGAUAGUGGCAGGAAAGUUGCCAAUUACUCAGCAAUGCUAUUCACCUUUCUCAAUCAACAUGCUCUCUAGUUCAGGGCUUUCGUUUUUCACCAGUAAGGCUACACAGCGAACAUCAGAAGAAACAAAUGCAGAAAAACAUUUUCAAUCAACAUUCAAGCGAAAUCCUGAUGGUCGAUUCUUGGACCCCAAGGUCCUGGGAAAUUCCUGUUCAAUGGCUCAAAGGCGUUUUUUCAACCUAGAAAAACGAUUUGCAAAAGACCCUUCGCUUGCAAUGCAGUACAAGUCAUUCAUGGACGAGUAUCUAGAAUUGGAUCACAUGGAACUUGUCGAUGAGUCCACUGAUCUCCCUACGUACUAUUUGCCACACCAUGCUGUGUUUAAAGCUGACAGUUCAACAACUAAGAUGCGAGUGGUGUUUGAUGGUUCAGCUGCCGCUUCAUCUGGCCUUUCAUUAAAUUAA